AUGCCCAUAAUACGCCUCCUAAGAGUGAGCUGUGUGGCCGAGCUAGAUCGGUACCCGCUUGACACGCAAACCUGCAAGGUAGCUCUGUUGGGCUAUAAUGGAAUAAGACUCCGACUCCAGCCGUCCAACCAAGCCGUCCGUGCACCCAUCAAGACUGACGCUACGGGCGUGACGUCACAGUUCACCUUCAUCGGCGUGGAAGAGAGCGCGACGUUCCAAUCCUUCGUCAGGAACGAUACAGGAACCAGCUGUGAGUUCUUCAACCAGGAGUGCGGUUACCUGAUGGAAUCCUGCAUGACGUCACCCUCAGACGCAUGCCAGGGGAAGAGCUGUGGCGACUGCAGUCUCAUCAUAGGAACCUGCCGAUAUAAAAUUACCUCCUGUCCUAACUUCGCCAAUGACACUAGUGCGUUCACAUCGCUGGAGCUCCGCAUGCGGCUGCGCAGAGUCAUGUGGCGGUACCUGCUGACUGCCUACCUCCCGUCCGUUGUCAUUGUGGUGACGUCAUAUCUGCAAAUAUGGCUGUCAACCAAACUCUCCGUUGUUUCAGCACGGGUUGUUCUGGGCACCAUGGCAGUAUUAUCAAUGAUCACACAGACUGGCAAAACAGCGCGCAUGCCUUGGGUCGAAAGACCGAGGGCCAUUGACAUCUGGAUGCUGGGAUGCUUGUCUUUUGUAACUGUGGCUCUUCUGGAAACAGCUAUUGUUAACUACAUAUCUACAUAUUUACAAGACAAGGAGCAGAUGAAAAAACGCUUGGAACAGAGAGACAAAGAGCUGAACCCUCCUAUCCGUAUUCCGCGACCAGGACUGAGGGACACAGCGGCAUCGGCAAGUGGACAGCAUGGGCUUCACCUGAAUAGCGCUGGAACAGCAGGCACGCGGCUGUUCAUCCCCAGGGCGCGGCUACACGUCCCUUCUUCUGUUUGUUGGCACCAACUCCCGGACAGGGAAUGGGUUAUCGUUCUUAAAAAGAAAGUCAACACCAAUAGAGGGAAAUCCGAUUUCGAUGGAAAAAGUCAACAGCAAAGUAACGAUGACGGAAAUUCCGUAGUUUCGUACUACCCAAAGUCUUUUGUUUCGAGCCGUGAUUACAAAGACUUUCCCGCCUUUGAUCCCAGAGCAUUUAAACCCAGCGCCACUGAAAGGGCGGACCGUCUGACAAUGAGAAUUGACUGGUACGCAAAGGUAUAUUGA